GCGGUGCUGGCAGCGGGGGACGCUAGCAUGGUGCUGCUGCAGGAGCCAUCUUCCAGGGGAGGCAGUACGGCACUCCAGAUGUCCGUACCCGCAGGACCCCGACCAGGGCGCCGUCACGGGUUGUACGAUACUCCGUACGAAAUUCCAGAUCUCCGCCGCCUUGCGGUCGCCGCCGCUACGGCCUCGGAAGACCCACGGGCCAUUCGCGAGGUGGUUGUGGCGGUUGAGGAAGUCAUGUCCUCGCCGGGGUAUAUGCUGGCAGCAUUCUCGCAUGGAGGAGCUUCCUCGCAAGCAACGGUCGUCGACCAUCAUGACCCCAACCACUUUACAGAGCACCAACCGCCAAAACCCACUCUGCCGCCGCUAACAAAGCAGCAGCAGAGGUCUUCCGUCCCAGCUGUUUCUAUGUCCUCGGGUUCCUUCACCAGUCGGAUGCAAAGGACCCAUGGGUCAUCAUCCUCGCUUCGGCGUUUGGAUGAGGGCACACAGGAUUCCCUCGACACACAUGGGCUAGAUGUGGGCGCUAUCCAGUCCUGUUUCGAGUCCCUGCUGCGGCUGUACAGCGGGGAGGUGGUGGCGGC